GCUUGCUUCUCAUCACCACCACUACUCCUGCUCUACUCUCUCUGGCCUCUUGUGCAAAUCACCUUUCCGUCACUCAUUUCCUGCUCCCUUGCACCUCUGCGGCCCUCACAUCGAACCAUCGGCCGCCGCAAUUUGACUCCGUCCAUCCUCUGCGGCCAAUCGAACGUCCCGCCGCCCACCAGCGCCAUAGCGCCCACACUGGCUCUCACGCAGUCCGCGCGCUGCUCUUACUCUGCGCUAGCCAUUGCGCUCGCUGCUUCAGAUUCAGCCACAGGCACUGCCUGUAAGUACUGACGCAGUCUCGUGAGCUCGCGCAUCUGUCCUUUCCUCGCGCGACCAACACCACCUGCUCCAGCUGCGAAGCUGCCACCCUUCUGCCACCGGGAUGCGAAGAGAGGCGUCGCCGAGCAGAUCUUCGUGCGACCGUCAUGUCCAUAUGGCCCUUCAAACGAAGGCGAAGAGCCAAGUCCGACGCCAGCCAGGAGCCGAGAGCGCUGAUUGAGAAAACCCAACAAACGUCUGCCAGCGCACCACACAGUCCGCCUCCUAUAGACCGCGAUGCACCUCCUUUACCGCAACAAUCGUCAAGACGGAGGGACAGUCGACAGGAUGAUUUCCCGCCACGGCGAGGAUCGAAGAUUGGCGACAUUGACGGCGAACAUGUAGCGUCUGCGGGCCAAAGUGGGCUGGACGCUGCCAACAAGGAGAAUGUGCCUCCACCGCAGUAUCACAGCAAAGAGGACGUUACGGCACUGCCGAUGCAGCAACGGCUGGAACGGAGCCCGCAUCUGAGACCCGUGGAUGUGGAGAAGCCUUCCAUUCCCUACAACUUUCGGCCACACUCGACCUCGCAAACGAGCAUUCAGCGACAUGAUGCAUUGGCGAAACUCACCAAAUCCAACACACUUCGCUCAAAACGGAGCACAACCGAUUAUAGCAGCCCUUCGCGUCGUUUCUCCGUUAAAGCGAAACGCGAUCCUGUGCGCGAGGAGGAGAUUCGGGCAAUGGCGACACCUCUGCCUAUACCCAAGCGACCGGGAGAUGGUCCGCUUCGCCGCGAUAGCAAGAAAGUGCGCAGUUUUCACGGAGGUUCGCACGUCUCACUCCCGCCUGAAGGGUCGAUCCAUUCUUCCAUGUCUGGCUUAAGUGAGCAGCGUGGUUGGGAAGUGGGCAGCAUUGCUGCCGUUUUCAACCCACGUCCAGCCGUACGCCUUUCCGGUUUGCCGCAGUACGUCCCCAAUAGCUUGCCGUCCCACACUUCUGGUGUGUUAUAUCGCAUCGAUUCGAUCAGCUCUCCAAAAGAGAAGUCAUCCGCGAGUAACAAAGAUAUCGAUGCGAAAGAGCGACGGAAACGACGAACGAUCGGCAAAGACGCGGACGACUUGGGAGCAAGUGAUCUUAGGGCGAUCAUGGAGCGGGAGGCGAAGCGCAAAGAGAAGAAACAAUUAGAAAGGCAGGAGCGUUUGGAGCGCAAGCUUCGAAGUGCUGGUCGAGAGCGAGCAGACAGUGAGAGGAAGAGGCGAACCUCGGAGGAGCGAAAACGCGCUGAACAGACACGCGCACGUGUUGAGCAAGAACUCCAAACGCGUGGAGUACUCACUCCACCCAGCGAGGUGCAUCCAGCCCUUCGCGAUCGGGCUCCUGAUCCAGAGCCAGUGCCAGUAUCAGAACCAAUUGGGCUUGGCAUUGCAGAGGACGAGCAAGCGAGUGAAACAGUGCAGCACGCCGAACACGGGCUGAUCUCUGAAACUGAUGAAGAUACGGACAACCCAUUUGUUGACGCUGCUGAGUCCCUUUCAACGGCGCCCGUGACGCGCGAUGGACCUCUCGAAGUCAAUACGGCACUGACCGAGUCUCCUUUCGAGGAGCCGUACGUGGGCACUGCGCAAGCUGUGCGAUUGUCCAUGGCCAACACGCCCCCGUUGUCGCCUAUCUACAGCAAUCGGGCACCUUCGAGCGUUUCUCAGCUCAACGGACUUGCUCGAUUGAAUACGGUGUCUCAACAAAGCGUGAGUGAUCUGGGACCACCGCCCCAAAUACCGGUCGAGCGACGGAACUCCGAUCAAAUAUCAGAAAAACGCACUGGCACGUGGGCUUCUUUCUUCCGCCGCACCAGCACCUUCCGCCGUAGCUCGCAGCAAGAGCCUCGCGCGGAAGGGGGCUCCUUCUCGAACACUUCUCGCGAGUCGACGCGCAACCAGCCCCUUCCCGCUCACCUCGUCGGCACAGACUAUCAGCGGCCAGCCACUGCACGAUCCAAGUCGGGCACGCCGGUACGAACGCAGAGCAAGUUCCGCGAGGAGCUGCCGGAGCUACCCAUCUCGCCACCGGAUUCGCGAACACAGUCGCCAGAAGUCACCACUGCCGCUGCUGCGGCCGCACGUCGCGCAGCACGCGCAACGCCUGUGGAAAUCCCUGCCAGAACACGAGACGGUGAAGGUGACGUGUACAUGUCCGGCCGCACCGACACGCCUGUGAGCGCAGCAUCUCGAGGGCACAUUGCCAUGUCAGCUUCACUGGCAUCGAUCGGAUCCGAGGGCUCAUGGCUUGCAAGUAGAGGCAGUAAGCGGCAAUCGAAUCACUCGGCACUCAGCAGGUCUCUCAGCAAGAGGAACAACGAGUUCAGUGCUAGCUAUGAGGAACUUGGCGGCGGGGACAAGGAUGCUGAGUACUUCAGCCGAAACAAAGCCUCGCGACCAGCCAGCAGGGCUAACCUAAUCGGCGCAAGUCCGGAUGAGGAGAGCGAAGAAGACGGUAUCGCUGUCGAGCCGACGCCGAAAGAUCCGCCGCUCACCGUACAUGGAAGUGUCCGCCGACAACCGCAACUCGUUGAACACGAUCCGCGCCUCGUAUCCAGGGAAGGUCUCGUUCAAGAGUUCGCGGCACAAGAGCCUACCGUCGAGGCCAUAGAGACACCUGAGCAGGUUACUCCGGAGGAUGAGGAUGUGUCGCAAUUCCACACGCCGGAUCAUACCGACGACGAGGACCAGGAGCACGAAUCUCCUGAAGUGAAGCGAGCAGUCGAGCUUGGACGUGCUCGUUCAGUCGAUAUGAAGCUUCAUUCUGCUCGCCAUUCGCGACAGUUCUCGGCUGGAAGCGCCCGCCUCCUCGAUAUGCCGCCUCGAGGCGGCUCAGCUGACAUUUUCCGAGACGGCACACCAUCUCCUCUACCGCGUCCAAAUCCGCUUUCACGCUCCAACACACUAAUUUGAGGCGAACAACGAAUAGUCGCCCUCCUAUAUGUAUAAGAAAACACCAUCGACUCGAUGAAGAUUGGAAAGCCGUCCAUCUGCAAAGCACGAUGGCACGGAUCAUGAUCUCACGAUCUACGACAUUCAUUACAAUGGCUCUACGCCUACUCUUUUUAAUCAGCCCACAAAAAGGACCAGGCGCGCUACUUGGUGCGCGCAGGUCAAAUAUCUAAUACUCUGGCAAGCCGCCUCCCAAGCCAGUUCUUGGGAAAAUCUCGUGUUUUUAUGCUUCUUGGUUUUUGUUUCACGAACGCUCGAUACCCCCUUCGUU